AUGGCAGAAAUCAUCGGGUUGGCAGCUUCACUAAUCACCCUCGCGGGCGCGAGCGCGCAACUCGCCAGAACGCUCCUCGAAGUCGCCAACGUCAUCAAAUCAGCGGAGUAUGAGGCUAGAAUGAUUGCCGCAGAUAUCUCGGUCUUUUCAAGUUCGCUCACGCAAUUGAGUAUGGUCGUGGAUCUCCCACACUCUAAAACAGAGAAGCUUCGCGAGAUCACCGUCGUCUUGAUCGGCGCAUGCCAAACCCUCAUAGAGGAUUUGAAAAUGCUGAUCGGGGAGCCGGUCCAACAUGAUCCUUCACGGCGUGCUUUCACCAUUUCGCUCAUACGGUUCCGAUUUAGGUGGAUGAAGGUUGGGCCUAAGGUCAUGUUUGUCAAAAGCUUGGUGGAUUCAUUCAAGACCACCAUCAUCGUCCUUGUUUCUACCAUGAACUUGGCUGUCGUACUGCAGCGAGAUGCCCCGGACUCUAUCAGCGAGAGUCUGAAAACACAGGUCGAGAGCAACAUUAAGUUCGCGGAAGACGCUACAGAGUGUCUAUGUCAUCAUCGAGAUGCUCAACAAGACGACGGUUCCUCCUUUACGCUCACUCUGGAUCCAAGCACUGCAAUAGAGGCCGGAGACACGACACAGAACGCGGGUGGAGAGUUGGUCCUCCUUGGUGCAGCACAACAAGGUGUUACGAAAAGACACGACUCAACCAUCUUCCAGAGCGGGGACUUCGACGAGGAUGACUGCGCCCUCCAGGCUGCUCAGAACUGUACACAAAUUGUCGAGAUGCAGCAAAUGUCUUGCGCGUUGGCCAGAGACGUGCUAGAUCAUCAGAGUCUGAAACCGACGUGGAGCUGGAAUGCGACCGAGAGGUCGUCUGCGCAUGAGGGAUCACGGUUUUUCCCCGCAAGCGAAGAUGGGUAUUCGACAGCGGAUACCGAAGGAGUCCAAGUCUUCCCUGAAAGCGAAGAUCAUUACUUUACAGCGGAUACUGAAGGAAUCGAGAUUGUCCCCGCAAGCGAAGAUGGUUACUCCACAGCGGAUACUGAAGCUGAUGCAAGAACACCGUCCGAGGAAAAAGGCGAAGGGUCGGUACGUCACAGCGAGCCGCAAGAACGAUGGACUCCUUUUGGGAAAUCAUUUGCACAUACAGGACGCCCGGACUCCAAGGCGAAGAGAAGCGGCAAUCCGACUGUCGAUACUGGUGUGCAUCGGCAGAGGUCAUCAAAGCGCGAUGACGAAGAGGCGGUGCGCCAUAGAAGUCCACGGCAACACGUUCCACGCGCUGAAAAUGAAAUAUUCGACAGGCUAGAGAAUUUGCUUAUAUCCAAGGAGGACGCAGAUAAAAAAGCUGCUGAGAAGGCGAGGAGAGAUGCGGAACUUGCGAAAUUCGAUCGACUAGAGAGUCUGCUCGUAUCUCAGCAGGAGGCAAAGAUCGAAAAGGAAAAGGCAAAGAAAGAGGCUGCUGAAAAGUUGAAGGCAGAGAUGGAAGAAAGUCAAAUGGACAGGGUGGAAAAGCUGAUUUUGGCGCAACAGGAGGCGAAGGCUGAAAUAGAAAAGGCAAAGAAAGAGCAUGCUGAAAAGGCAUUAGCAGAGGCAAAAGAAGUAGAGAAAGCUAGAACAGCGACAUUCAUCUUCCAUGAUGCAGUCGGCCGCAAGUUCGAAUGCCCCUGGCUUUUGUGCAACACUUGGGAGGGAAUGCGGGAUUUCAUCGCAAAAGUUAGCUCCGGCGUAGCAGUGCUCUCCCAGCUAGUCGACAACGGAGAGUACGAUCUACUGAAAGACGACCUCAUUAUUCCGCCGCAUCUCUGGGAGAGUAUGGUAUCUCCGGGUUCAUCGGUGACCAUGCGCGCCAGGAAGUUGGCCUCGCCUCCGGUUGACAAGAAGGCUUCAUGGUUCCGUAGGUCGAUAAGCAAGGGGAGUGGCUAG